CCCGCCGCCCCGGUUCUGCGCGCGACGCCCCCUCCAGGCCCGGCUCCUGCGCCCUAUUUGGUCAAUCGGGGGGCAGGCGGCGGGGCGGGGAGACGUGCGCGGCGGAAGGGGACGCGGAGCGGCUUGCAGUGGGCAGAAGAGCCGCUGUUGCCACCUUCGUUGGGAGCCCACGAGGCCGCCGCGUCCUGCCCUCGGAACAAUGGGACUGGGCGCGCGAGGUGCCUGGGCCGCGCUGCUCCUGGGGACGCUGCAGGUGCUAGCGCUGCUAGGGGCCGCCGUAGACCCCUCAGACCCGGCGGCAUCUGCAAACAAAGAGAAUUCUGUGCCUCAACAAAACUCAAGUGCUAACGCAACAGAGAAUAUCCAGCACGUGUUUCCCAGCAAUACCAGUAAACCUUCCAACAUCACUGUGAAACCAACAACUCCACUUUCCUCAGUCGUGAGCAGUAUGAAACCCACAGCAACAUCUAAAACGACAACAUCAGGGGUGGUCUCAACAAAUAUGACUUCUACCACCUUAAAGUCUACACCAAAAACAAGUGUUUCACAAAAUACAUCUCAGAUGUCAACAUCCACAGUGACCACAACCCACAAUAGUUUGGUGACGUCUCUUUUCUCAUCAGUAACAAUCACAGCAACUGUUCAUUCUAAAGACAAUAAAGGAUCAAAAUUUGAUACUGGGAGCUUUGUUGGUGGUAUUGUAUUAACACUGGGAGUUUUAUCUAUUCUUUACAUUGGAUGCAAAAUGUAUUACUCAAGAAGAGGCAUUCGGUAUAGAACCAUAGAUGAACAUGAUGCCAUCAUUUAAGGAAAUCCAAGGACCAAGGAAAGAAGACAAAUUGAUUUAGCCCUAUCAAUUUUGAUUAGUAGUUUAAAACCAUUAUUCUCUUCUUGAAAAUAGUAUGAACAGGCCAUGCAUAUAACGUACAAUGUGUAUUACAUAAAUAUGUAAGGAUUCCUCAGGAUUACUAAAGGUAAAAAGGGUUUGGUUUGGGUUUUUUAAUAAAUAGCUAGAACUUA